CGUCGGCAUCUAAUGUACACGAGAGGCAAGGUGCUCUCUCCUCUUCUUCCCUAAGAUUACGCUAACCUACAUUUCCUAUAGGGCUCUAUUACGGCUCGCUGGGAAGGUUGGGGGCUUCUUUAGUCUGUCCCUUCACCAGAGCAUGUAAGAGCGAAUGGGAGCGUAAUAAAAAGGGGCUGAAAUCGGGACGAGACCCAGAAGGUUGCAGUCGAGGAUGGCCAACCGCACGAAGCAGGGCGACGGUGCUCGCAACAUGGACAUGCAGUACACAUUGAUACGAGAGUUGAAACCGGGGAUGAAGAACCUCAAGCUGUUAUUUAUAGUUUUAGAGAUAGGACGGCCAAACGUAACCAAAGAGAAUCAUGAAGUACGUUCGUGUAAAGUCGCAGACAAAACUGGUUGCAUUAACAUCUCUGUGUGGGAUGAGCCAGGGCAGCUUCUGCAGGUGAGCUUUCAAUUGUUAAGAUUUGAAGGAGAGUCAAGGAUUUUAUUAAUCAACUUAAUAGUGCCCCACGUUGCUCCAAAAUGCUUGGAAAAUUCCUCUGAAAUGCUUAAAAUCCUCAAUGGGGUAGCUUCUUCUCUCAUGUCUUUGGUGCUUAGAGCCUUCUUAUUUCACAUCCUUUCAAGAUUUAUCGUACCAAAAGACUCUUCUGUGCCAAUCCAUGAAGAGGCUAUGUUCAUGUAUAAUAUGUUGUCAUGUUCUUGCAGGUUCUGUAUGCAGUUUAGUGAGCAGCCUAACAUGUCAGAACCCAACCCAGAGCUGGUUGCCCCUAACAAGCCACUGGUUGGAGGUGGUGGCAGUGGUAGCACAGGAGGAGGGGGAGGGGGUGGUGGUGGUGACCCUGGAGUGGGUGGACCAAGAGGACCUGGGUCUCAAGGGGGUUCAGGCCACCAGGGUGGAACUCCCCUUUCAGAAUCCUUGCGGGACCCCAGGCUACAGAAACCAAACACAAAUGGAGGGAACAUGGACCCCAGAGCAGGGAAGGCUGGGAUAGGAAACAUGUCAGCCUCCAAUGGGCACGCACAUCACAAUAGCAGUGGGCGUCACGGGGGAAACUCUGGGGGCUCCACAACUAGUAAAAGUCGUAAUCAUGUAUCAUCCAAUAGACAGUCUGCCAAGAGGUAAUGAUGUCGGAUGCAUUAGGAUGUUAAAUGUGGAUCUGCAGAGAGAAAGUGAGUGAUAGAAAGGAAUAAGAUCAUUAAUAUAAGCAUUGUACAUUUUUUUAACAGAGAGAUAAUGUAAAGCAUAAUAUAUUAUUGCAGGGGUUCAUAUCUUGUGAAUUUGAAUGGUAUGAACAUCUCUCCUCGGCAUGUCUGAGUGAAUGUCUGAACACUUUCCGCUCCGUAAUUGACACGGUGCAAAGUAUUGUACUUUAGUGUUUGUACAGUAGUGUUGUGUGAAAGAAGAAGGAGAAGUGGAAAGUCUGAGCAGAAAAGUGAUAUGCUUCCAAAUAGCACCCUAAAAUCAAGGAUACGUAUGCGAGUGUUUUCACGUUUACACAGUGCUUUCACCCUUCAUGACAUUUGUGGUUGUUGGUGAUGUAAAAUAUAUAUGAAACCUUGUCCCUGCAUUGGAUUCACAUCUGAGGUCUACAAUACAUAGUACUCUUUAUGGAAAAGAAAACUUCUGUCUUUGGCACAGAGAGGAUAAGAAAUUGUAGGUUGUGCGUAAUGCCUUUUUUAUUACUAUUAUUAUUUUUUAUUAUUAUUAUUAUUUAUUAUUAUUUUUAUUAUUAUUAUUAUUAUUUAUAAUUAUCUUUUUAUUAUUAUUAUUAUUAUCAUUUGAAUUUUAUAUUUUACAGUCAUUGGAUUAUUUAAGUAGAAUUUACCUCUGUGUUUGAUCAUUAGAAUAUGAGACCUGGUAUGGAAACCAAGUGAUAUUAUCUUCAUAGUUUAUCCUUUAAGUCAAAGAUUGUGACAUCAAAUGUCUUACAAAUUGUGGUAACGAGUCCUUUUUAACUUUUAAAAUGAUUUAGAAUGGUUGAAACUGCUCUGCCUUUGGCACUUGAUAUUAGUAGUAUAAGUAAUAUUGAAAUUGCAAAUGGCAACGAUGGCCAUAUUGAUGAUGAUGAACAUUUCCCUUUUUAAAUAAAGGUUUCAGAUCAAGUUCUUUUAUAGAGUUAUGCUCCUGUUUGUCCGUUUUAAAUUACACACACACACACACACACACACACACACACACACACACACACACACACACACACACACACACACACACACACACACACACACACACACACACACACACACACACAUAUAUUAAAGAAAAGAGAGAAAAAAAAACAGAUCUGAACAAUUAAAACUCAUUAAGAUCUGUACACACAGGUGGGCAUGAAUAGAGGGUGUAACAGGUGGUAAACAAGUAUUUAUUUAUGUAUUUAAAAUUUUCAGUUGCGUCAACAUCUAAGGUCAUUAGCGGCACAUUUAAAAUAUAGCAAUAGGGUGGGACUUGGGGGUAAAGCCUCAGGCAAGAAGUUAUUUUUGGUUCUCAAGGCAAUAUUUGUGGAUUUCCAGAACGUUCAAAACAAACAAAUAUGCUAGACAUCAUAGGUCAUAUAGCUGCCGGGGAUGGCAUGUAUGUACAUGCCAUGCCCACUGUGAGUCGACUUGUUUGAUUGUUUUUACACAUAGAUGGCUACACUUGCACUAAGUCACCAGUGAGCUAAUUACGAUUACUGCCUGUCUCGCCCGUUCACCCUUUUCAUCAAUUUACAAAAAUAUUUAACGUUAUCCUAAUUUGCUGUUAAAAAUAACAACAUCUAUAUUUAUAGCACUAGUAAGAAUACGUUUUUUCCUGCCAAUUCAAGGAAAGAUGAGAUCAGGACUAGCAGAGCCAUCUAUGUAGAGAGAUAUUUCACAAAAAUAUAAAAAAUGAGUACAUCAUUUUCCCCAUUUUUUGUUCAUUUUCCCCGGCGGCAAUGAGUUAAGCCCCUACCACAGUAAAAAUAAGUAAGGGGUUGAGGGGAUGGUAAUUUAUAUAUUGAAAACUUUCUGCCACAUCAUCUAAGGUCAUUAGCACCAUAUACAAAUCAUAGCAGUAGGGUGGGACUUGGGGUAAAGCCCCCAGGUCAAGUUUUAUGGUUCAGUAAGGCAGUGUUUGUGAAUUUCCAAAAUGGUCAAGACAAAUGUACCUGGCAAUAAAGGUUGCACAACAUUAUGAUAAAGCAUUGUGGCAAAGAGUAAAUAGGUGUUAACGAUUUGGGUAAGUGGACAGAAGGGGAUGAAGAAAAGGAAAAGGAAAGAGGGAGAAGAAAAGAUCCUACAAAAUUAGUUGAGGUUAGGUGCUGAGAUCCAAACAUUGAGUCUUAGUCUCCACCUCCUAAACCCCCCCAGGGUAAUGAGCAAGGGUUGGGGGGGUAAAAAGUUUCCAUGUUCUUUUCCCACCUGUGACAUCACCUUCACAGUUGCCCAAUGGUCAUGCCUGCCUAUGUGAACAGGCCUUUACUGUAUUUCCAGUAGUUUAAAUUUGUUUAUUCUUUUUUAUUAUUAAAAGGAACAUUAUGUCCACUUUUAAUCUUGAAAAUCAUUUCCCAUUUCUUUCCAUGAUUAGUUCAUAUUAAAUGAUCAUCUGACAUUAAGAUUUUGGAGGCACUUUGUCAAACUUCCAGGAAUAUGUGGGUUGGAUGGUUUUACUUCAUUUGUUUUGGUUCACAUCCCUUCACCAUGAUGAUAUACAAGGGAAUAUUUUUAAAACAAAAUAUUUAAAUUCCAAGCCAUGAAAAGUUAUUUGCAGUAAAGUUUUUGUAAGGUGUUCUAAAGGCCUGAGCAGUUAGAGCAAUUGAAUUAAAAUUUCUAUAUAUGAACAACUGUCAUUAGCUUAGAGAUUUAAUUUUUUUGCUAUAUAUUAAACAAUUCCCUUGAAUUUUCUAUCCCAAGCUAAUAUUUAUAGUAUAUUUAUAAUACCAUUCUUUUGUCAGUCUUCAUGGCCAUUAUCAUCAGUGAAAGGGUUUUAUAACUUUUUUUUUGUGAAUGUUUAAUUGUCCAAUGCAUUUCUACCUCAAGGGAAAGAGAAAAUAGAAACUGCCAUUAUGAAGCAAAUGUUCUACCCGCCCAUAUUCCAACAGUUCCACAAUGGCAUUCCACUCAUGAUAUCCAAGUUAUUAUAAGUCUGUACCAGGUUUAGAAAUCUACCCUAGUCAUAACUUUUUUUUUUUUUUUUUUUUUUAACCAAGUUUGUUGCUCCACUGUGUCUUAACCAUUGAUUCCUUUCAUGCAACAUAACGCAAGAGGUAUUUGAAGAAAUUAAAAAUUGUAAAAAGUGAAAAUACAUGUAUAUUUUAAA